UUGUCGGCGCGCUCCAUGACGUCACCUGCGGGCGCCGCUCGGCUCCCGGAAGCGGCGGCGCGAUGGCGGCGGGCGGCGGCGCCGCAGGUGCCCGGCGCCGCUGAGGCCCGGCCGGGCGCAGCCGCGAUGCCGCCCAAGAGGAAGCGCGGCCAGCGAGACCUGCCUGCGGUGCCCGGCUCCGGGCGCUCGGCCCGCCGGCGCCGCCGCCCCGCUGCCACCCCGGCCCGCUUCCCCUUCAGCCGCCUGCCCGAGGACUGCCAGCUGCACGUCUUCUCCUUCCUCUCGGAGGUGGAGAAGUGCACGGCGGCGCUGGUCUGCGGCGCCUGGAGCCGCCUGAUCCGCACGGCCCGGCUCUGGCGGGUGGCCGACUUCACCAGGCUCGGGGCGCUGCAGCCCGGCGCGGACGCGGCGCUGGUGUCCGCCGGGGAGUUUGAGCGCUGGAAGGCCUGGGUGCACCGCUACGCCUUCCACCUGGCCUCGCGGCGCGCCAGCCCCCGCCUGCUGCGCGCCAGCUUCGACCUGGGCGACCACGAGGCCAAGUGGGCCGAGUUCCUCUCGCGCUUCCUGGACAGCGUGCACUGCGGGGAGCUGCGCGAGCUGGAGCUCAACUGGACGCUCACCCACCUGGAGCCGCCCGACGCCCACCCGCCCGGCGCCUGCAGCAUGGCCCAGGUGAGCCUGGCCAAGAUGGACCAGGUGAGCCGCUUCCAGGCGCUGCUGGAGAAGCUGCUGGGGAAGGCGCCGGGGCUGGCGCGCGCCAAGCUGCCCUUCGACUGGUCGGCGCGCUCCGUCGCCACGCUCGCCCGCUUCCAGCACCUCCACACCCUCGAGCUCAAGUACUUCUGGAGCUUCAAGGGCGUCUGCCCCGAGGUCCUGCGGGAGCUCACCCGGGCGCUGCCUCGCCUCAAGACGCUCGUGCUCCACGUGCUGGUGCCCGUCAAGGACCUGGGCCUGUCCUACGCCCUCGAGUCGCGCUCCCUGGAGUACCUGGACGUGUCGCAGAGCCGGGGGCUGGUGUUCUGCCGCCUCGACCUGCCCGCCCUGCGCGCCCUGCGGGUCAAGAAGACGGUUCGGGGCAUUAUCCUGAACCGGAGGACGCGGCUGGCGCUGCAGAGCCGCUGGGCCUGCCUCUACGGCCUGCUGCGCGCCGGCACGCCCAACCUGCGCGUCCUCAACAACCAGGCGCUGCUGCCUCACUGGCGGGAGCAGCCCUACAAGGAGCUGGACGCGCUGCUGCUCCAGUCCUGCUACUGCACCCAGCACUCGGACACGUGGCUGCUGUAGGCGGAGGCGGCCGCGAGCCGGCUGCCGCGUGGGGCGGGCUGCGCCGUGGCUCCACGGCGCCGGGGAGGGGGGCGGCGUGGCUGGGGGGGGGGGCGAGGCGGCUCUCCUUUGCUGCUGGCGUGGAGUAAAGCGGUUUUGCACGGCUCGGGUCAGGCUCUGUGUGCUCCGCCAUGGCACCCUGAGGCCGAGGCCGGUGACGCGGUGACAGCCCGAGAAGGGCGCAGCGUUCGGCCAGGAAACGCAGGCGAAGCGGCUGCGCUUGGCGGCUCCCCGGGGCACGACCGGCUCUCGUGUGCCCCCCCCCCAGCACAGGGCUGGAAACGUGGGCUUUAGCCGGCUGGUUCAGGGGAGGCUGGAAGGGCCUGGAAAAGCACGGAGAGAAGGAGAAAAAGGCACCAAACUUUGGGGGGAAAGAGGGGUUGGGGACCAAGGGACGGAGCUGGGAGCAGGGGCGCUUUGCUGCGAGCGCGGAACGGCGCCCCGGCAGAGGACGGGCGUUGCGGAGGGGCAGGAGGAACAGACGCACCGCGGCAGCGUGAACUUGGCGCUCAAGAAACCGUGGCCACGUCUGUGCCAGAGACGGGGUGCGCAGGGCAGGAUCUGGCCCGCACGACGGGCAGAGGGUGCUGCCGCGGUUCACCGUGGGCUGGGGAGGGGGAAGGACACGCAAAGGGAGCUGCUCUGGGAGAGCAGAGCUGCUCAUCGGGCCACCGUCACCAGCAGAGCAACAAGUCCCUAAAUACCGUUAAAAAACAUGUACAAACGUAUUAUUGCCGCGCGCAACAAACAGCAGAAGGCAGGACAUCGGGAACACCCGGCCCCGCUGUCCGGGAUGCGUCUCCCGCUCCGCCGCCAGCCCGCGCGGAGCUACAAGCUGAAGUAGUCGAGGGUGCUGUGCCUGCAGAGGUUCGUCGUCCAGACGGCGCCGGCGCGGCUGGAGCUCAGCAGCAUGCGCUGCAGCUCGGCGCUCACCCGGGAGAACCGCUCCUCGUCCACGGAGCCGUUCAAGAGGCUGGAGGAGGAGGGCGGCCAGGGCAGCUGCUCGGCGUAGCAGUCCACGGGGUAGGGGUAAACGACCAGGCGCAGGUCCGCCAGGGCCGCCGUCCUCUGCAGCAAGGUCUUGAGCCCCCGCGUGGAAAGCGGGUUGCCGAAGACGCCCAGGUAGCGGAGGCGGGCGCAGCGGCACAGCGCCGGCAGCAGCGCGUCCAGGUGCGCGUCCGUCAGGCGGCACUCCAUGAUGUCCAGGUGGAGCAGCGAGGACGAGGCCUCUCCCAGAAGGCGCUGGAAGGGCUGAAGCAGGGAGUCGGAGAGGUUGUUGCCGCUCAGGUCCAGCUUCUUCAGCGCCGGCGUGUGGAGGCUCUGGGACAGGUAGCUGAGGUCGCUGGGGAGAAGGUAGCAGAAGGCAAGCUCGAGGCUCUCCAGGGGACCCUGCAGAUCGCUGUGGGAGAGAAACGUUAUAACCACGAGCCCCUGGAAGCCAUCAGAGCAGCAGACUGGAGCUGGAAAUCACCCAGGUUGAAAAAUCCAAGC